GUUUGCGCAUAAUUUUCGUGAUUACCGUUUGUGAAGUAUCCAUUGCUGGCUACGCAGUGAAAAUGUCCGCUGACUACGCUAAUAAUCCCGCAGUGAACACUUUGCGGGAUUAUCUCCGCAUCCGCAGUGUUCAUCCUAACGUCAAUUACGAUGAAUGUCUAACCUUUCUACGAGGUGUAGCGGCUGCUAUUGGCCUACCAGUACAAGUAUUCGAGGUGGUGCCAAAGAAACCUGUAUUGGUGAUGACAUGGGAAGGUCUGCAACCGGACCUACCCAGUAUCUUGCUCAAUUCACAUAUGGACGUCGUGCCUGUGUUUGAGAAAAGUUGGAAACAUCCACCUUUUGCUGCCGAGAUAGUGGACGGCGUGAUCUACGGUCGCGGCGUUCAGGACAUGAAGUCAGUCGCUGUGCAGUAUUUGGAAGCUGUAAGACGAUUGAAAAAUAAGGGGAUUCGUCUAAAGAGGACGGUACAUCUCAGCUUUGUACCCGAAGAAGAAGUAGGCGGUGCUGAGGGUAUGGCGGAGUUUGUGAAGACGGAGCACUACAAAAACUUGAAUGUCGGCUUUGCUCUGGAUGAAGGGAUAGCGUGCGCUACCGAGGAGUACCAGGUCUUCAAUGGAGAGAGAACUAUUUGGCACGUAAGCGUUGUUUGUCCGGGAAAAUCGGGCCACGGAUCAUUACUGUUACCGGAUACUUGUGGAGAAAAGAUCCGGUAUAUUAUAGAUAAGUUCAUGGAUCUGCGGCAGGUUUCAAAGACUCGAUUGGAGAGUGAUCCAUCGCUUACCAUAGGUGACGUCACUUCCAUCAAUCUGACAAUGAUUAGUGGUGGUAUCCAAGAUAAUAUUAUUCCUGAAAAGAUGACGGCACAUUUCGAUAUCCGUCUCGCAACAUCUGAGGAUCUAGAAGCUUUUGAAAAUACGAUAAAGCAAUGGUGCGUGGAAGCUGGUGCGGGAGUGUCGUACAAUUUCACUCAAAAGGACCCCUACGUGCCGCCAACUGCCGUCGAUAACAGCAACCCUUAUUGGGUAGCAUUCAAAGCAGCGGUUGAUAAACUAGGUAUAAAGAUAGUGGUGCGGACAUUUCCCGGCGGUACUGACAGCCGGUUCAUACGGGCGACGGGCACGCCGGCCCUAGGGCUGACAGCAACACAUCUCACACCAUCUUCCCUGCAUGAACAUGAUGAGAAUCUGCCAGUGGAGCAAUUCCUCAGAGGUAUAGAGAUAUACGAAGAGAUAUUACCGUCAGUGGCUAAUAUAUAAUGGACUGUUUAUAUUUUUGUGCUUUAAAUGUUAUUUGAUCUUUUGAUACUAAA